GCCAAUGUCAGUGACCUUGUCAUUCCUUGCUUGCUGUGCAUUUCCAAAAGAGUCAAUUGACGACCGUGAAAUCAUUAAGUGGCAGCAAAAACGCAACAGGGAAAUAGAAAAAGAACUGAAAAAGGAGAAAAGUCGUCUUCGUCAAAGGCAAAUGAUCUUAUUAUUGGGUACUGGUGAAAGUGGAAAAAGCACUUUUCUCAAGCAAAUGAAAAUCAUUAAUGGAAAGCACUUUACAAACCAAGAAAUCGAACAGCUAAAAGAUAUUAUCUAUGAUAACAUAUACAAAGGUGUUUUAUUCCUACUGCAGGCACGGGAAAGUCUCAAUAUUCCAUGGGCUGGUGGACUUGGUUCCGCUGCUGCUCAGGCUAGUAGAGAAAUUGAGGCACAUUUUAAAGAAACUCGAAUGAUGCGUCGCGAGCGCUCUCGACUUGGUCAACCACUUUGGUUGGAAGAAGAAUUUCUGGAAAUCGUGCCUUCACUGAAUGCGAUUUGGGGAGAUGAAAGUGUUCGAUUAGCAUUCGACCAACGUUCAAAAAUUAUUACAGAGAAUUUCAGUGAGAAUACACGCUAUUACCUCAAUCGUCUAAAUCAUAUCGGUGUAGAAAAUUAUCGUCCAACUGAUGAAGAUAUAGUUUGGUCACGUAAACCAACGGAAUCUAUAAUUGAAGAAGAAAUAAAUGUUCACUCAUCAUCACUUGUUUUUAUUGACGUCGGUGGACAAACAAAAGAACGUCGUAAAUGGUGUCAAUGUUUUGCUGAUAUGACAUCUGUCCUGUUCCUUAUUGCUUGCAGUCAUUACGAUGAACAUUAUCAAGAUCGAUUAACUAAAGAAUUUCGAAAUAAAUUACAUGAAGCUAUGGUUGUUUUUGAAGGACUUAUCAAUCAUAUUGCUUUUAGACGUGUUUCCAUCAUUAUAUUUUUUAACAAAACUGAUAUACUUAAAGAAAAGUUAAACUCACGUACAUCAAAUAUUCGUGAUGAGUUUCCCAAUUACCCCGUGAAAAUGGAUCCAUUUCGUCUGCAAGAUGUUCAAACAUUUAUGGUUGAAGUAUUUGCCUCUCUAGUCAAUCACAACUUUCCACCAGAUACUCAAGCUCGUUCAAGUCUUUCACAUUCAUCAUUCAAUAAUACUGCUAAAUGUUCAUCUCUUCAUAGACAAAACUCUGUACCUAUGUCCACUAACGUAACAUUUACAGCCCCUGUACGAAAACGUAUGGUCUAUCGUCAUUUCACAACUGCUGUAGAUAGGCGGAAUAUCGAAACAGUAUUCAAUGCUAUGCAAGAUACAGUAUUGCAAAAUAAUUUACGUCGUAUCAUGAUGAGCUAAAUACAGACAUAUAAAGUUGUUCAUUUAUUGAGACUACAAAGUGUUUACUUCCAUUUUCUGCUUUGGUUUAUUAUGUUGUUUGCGCCCUUAGAUUUCAGUGAACAUAAUAUCUAUACCUUCCGAAAAUUAAUUAAAAGUCCUACUUACUAUUCUUACCAACAAUGUCUGUGCCAAAUUUAAACUACCACUAAAAUCAUCAAUAAUACUAAUAAGAAGUGUGUGCUUUUCAUUUCAUAUUUUCUUAUCUAAUCAUUAAUUGUCUUUCAUGCUACUCAAUUCUUUAUUACAUAAAUAUAUACAUGCUUUUUGAGUUUGUAUUUAUUUUCCACGCAUUUGCUUACGUUGAGCCUACAUAUAUAAACACAAGACGUUAAUGGUACGAGCAUCUGUCGAUUAUAUAUAUAUCCAAGUGAUUUAUUCCAUUUGAUUUAUGUAGAUAAUAUACUUUAUUUUUCUAUAUAUAUAUAUAUUGAUGUAAAUUUCAGUGUUCCUACAUAAAAGGAUUCGAAAACAAAGAGAUAAUUGUGCGUGUUCUGAAGGAAUACAUAUUGAUAGUGGGCAAAUUCCCCAAUCUUUUUUGGGACACGAUGCUCAUUCAUAUGUUUUGUUCUUGGCCAGUUGAUAUUUCAAUGCUUGUAAAUCAUGUGUUUUAUCUUUUUUGUUAUAAAGCGAGCUUUUUAUACUUUUCAACUUGUCAGAUUUAUUUACGUAUAAACGCAUGUUUACCUUACUAUAAUUAUAUUUGAUGUAUCUAAAGUCAAAGGUUGAUCACGUAAUGAAUAUUUAUAUGACUUCAGU